CUAGCGCGCAGCCCGUCAUUGCACUGAACACUUUGGGCUCGGGCUUCCACUGCAGCAACAACCACAGUGUCCCCAUUCAUCGCUCAUUUCCAUUCCCUUCCUCUUCGUCAUUGCGACCUUUCCGACUAGCAUCACCAACCGUCGACAACUGUAAGUCAAAUCGCCCCUUUCUGCUGCACGGAACGGAUGACUCUCCUUUUCUCAAUUCAACGGUCGAUCGGUAACCUCGCGUCUCCAACAACGAACCGAACAGCAUCUAUCUGUUACCUUGGACAAGCACACUACAGUACCAAUUCAAGAACUGGAACCAGAAACACACGAAACCGGGAGAUCACAGACGAACCAACAAACAAUUCGAUCAAUUCGACUACAGACUCGUCACAAUGACCCGCGCACAGCAGACUAUCUCUAUUGCACUCCUUGUGAGCUCGCUCUACCUUUCCCUCUACCUCGAAUUGGUUCCCCUUCCGGCUCUUGUCCAGACAGCGAUUGUGCCUGUGCUCCCCUUCUGGGCCCUCGUCUCCUUCGGCGCCUGGGUCCUCUUCCGCCUCGGCUGGGGCAUGCUCACCUUCCGCGACACGCCCGAGGCCUACAAGGAGCUGAUGGAGGAGAUCAAGCUUGCACAGGCGGACCUGAGGGCCAAGGGCGUCAGUGUCGAUUAAGCGGCGUUGUUGCUAGCGGGAGGAGGCAACAUUGAUGAGUUGGGCAGAUACGGAAUCAUGCGAAAGAAAGAGGAAGAAAAUUAUUAAGGACGUUAUGGGGUAAUGUUUGGGUGUGUGUGCAUGUGGAAGAGGUAGUGUUGAAAAUAAGAUAAUGAUAUCAAAGCAACGCUGUUGCGGGAGACGUGUGGUAAAUGUGCCUUGUAAGUGGUAUUCAAGACCUCAAGCACGCCGUGGAAGCUCGAAGAGGCCGUGAAAUGUAUAAGUCUGCUCCUUGACCUGAAUACGUCUUGCAAACCAAGUUACUUCCAAUUCCUU